AUGGCGCACCAGCACCACCAUAAACCCAAGACGUUCUUCUGGCGGCGUGUGUUUGAUCAAAAUCUCGCCCAAGCUAUCAGCAACGCCUACCUUCUAUAUGCCGCAUGGGCAGGCAUUUUCGCCACCCAGUGCACGGCGGCUCUGGAAGCGGCGGUAAAUGGGGCAGGCGAGGGAACUGGAGAUGGAGGGGAGGGAGCCGGGCAAGGAGGGGACGCGGCGGGAGAGAGAGCCGGGGAGGGAGCCGGGGAGUCUGACUGGGAGGGAGGGGACGAGGAGGAAGAGGGAGCCGGGGAGGGUGGAGACGCGACGGGAGAGGGAGCCGGGGAGGGAGGGGAGGGGGAGAGCACCGACGCCCCACUCUCCAAGGAGGAGCUAGAGGAGUUCGGUGUUCUCUUGAAGAAAUGCCUUGCCAUGGAGCGAGUGACGUGGGACCAGAGGCUUUCGACCCACCUCAUGGCCAAGUGCAAUGUAGGCACACUAAACUCGGGGGGGAGGCGUGCGGGUCCUGUCGUUCCACCGUAUGAUAGCAAGGGCGCCAAAUGUGCGCGCGUGUGCAAGGGUGGUUCUUGCGGCAACAAGACUGGGGGGCGGUACAGGUCUAAGCGUACCACAGGUGUUUGCUGGUGCAAUGUCUGCUCCGGUUCCAAAGGGAAGGCGAGAGCGCUGCACCUGUGCCACACCUGCAAGAAAAUCCCCUCCGCGCACGGUGCAGCCGCAGAGGCCGCCGACAAGAAGAGAAAGUACAAGCCGAUCGACUGGGCUGUGUGACCGAUCGACUGGGCUGUGUGACUUUGCUUUCGUAGUUUGCUUGGCAACAAGGUUGUAGUUGAUUGCCUGGACGUGGCGUUGUAGGCGGCAGUGGGUGACGUUUUUGUUUCUUCUGGGUCGCCCCCUGAUUUUUGUUUCGUUGAGGCGUGUGUUCCGAGGAAAAAGGGAUACGGAGAUGCAUGAGAGCGGGAGAGCCUGCUUGACAUGAGAACUUUCAAAUCGGACAACGGGCGACGAUUUUGCCCCUUCGCAUGUGGCAUAGAUCAAAGAAAGGUACACGCUUGUGUUCGUAUUUUUACUCCCUCGCUCGGGGUCGAGCGCGGCUGCAUUUGAGCGGAAGUGCGUCAAAAAUAGAGGAUAUCGGGGACUGGAAUAGAGCGGCACAGCCUGCUUGAUUGAAAUAUAUUUUGCAACCUUUUUUUUCGGUCAACUGGUCAUGGACCAAACUUUACUCUCGUCUCUCUGUGCUUUUUGUGCUUGGUGGCGAUCCCAUGGCUCUUGUUUGUUGAAGUGUAACGAGGGGUGUAAUUUUUCAAGCUGCACGCGAAUUUCAUCG